GCGUCGUCGGCGCGAGUGAUAACUACUUCUCGCUGCCGCGGAACAGCUGAACCCUGACUCUGGAUUUGAAGCAGAUGGGUGGUGAACCAAGGAAGAAACCGAAGCCCGCGCAGCUGAAUCCCAACUGGACUCAACUCCAACAAAAGCUCAAAAUUCGUGCCUCUGAUGCUUCAAGACCCUUCAAAAACUCAGAAACUGAGGCCCCAAACUCAGUACUGGGGAAGCGGAAAGAGAGGGAAGAUGCAGAGUCCAGUGAUUCUCAGAUUAAUCCUCUUACCCCUGUAAAUGAUGAUUCCAGUCUGACCGAUGCAGUAGCCAUGGACUGUGAAAUGGUUGGUGUUGGUCAAGGAAACAGAAGUGCUCUUGGAAGAGUAACCCUGGUUAAUAGGUGGGGAAAUGUUAUUUAUGAUGAAUUUGUUAGACCAGUGGAGCGCGUUGUUGACUUCCGCACCAAAAUUAGUGGCAUAAGAUCUCGGGACUUAAGAAAAGCAAAGGAUUUUUGGGCGGUUCAGAAGAAAGUGGCAGAGUUAAUCAAAGGCAGGGUCCUUGUGGGACAUGCCCUGCACAAUGAUCUUAAGGCGUUAUUAUUAAGUCAUCCCAAGAAGGAUAUUCGAGAUACCUCUGAGUACCAACCAUUUCUAAAAUCACGUAGCAGAAGAGCACUUCGACAUCUUGCUGCUGAACUUCUGGGUGCUAAGAUCCAAUCUGGGGAGCACUGUCCUAUAGAAGAUGCUCGUGCUGCUAUGCUGCUUUAUCAAAGGAAUAGAAAAGAAUGGGAGAGGAGUGUAAAAGAUCAAUUUCGACUUAAACAGAAGCAGAAAAAACGGAGGCCGAAGAAGAAGCAAAAGAAGGAAGUUUCUCCAGAUGGGAAUGCCUCGGGAGAUGCAUCAUAGCAUUAGCUACCCUUUACGCUUUCGAAAUUUUGUGGUCAGGGAAGCUCCAUUUCAAAUUUUCAAUUGUGAUUGUCGUGAAUGAUCGAAAUUGAUUUAUUAGAAAUUAUAAGCUAUGAAGGAAAGGCGUAUUUGUUGAUUUUUGUUGUAACCUCAAGAAGAUCGAUGACAUGCUUCUUAAACUUGCUCUCUUUCUCUCUCUCCCUCUCCCCCUGAGACUCCAUAUGGCAUUUUGGCAUCAAUAUCUUGAAGAAUGUGCGGUUUUAUUCCAGAGCCUACAAAAUUAGGACUAUUAUGUAUUAAUGUUCAGAGUAUAGAGAGAGAAUGAGAUCAUGAUAGAAUUUGAACUUGUAUUCUCAUACGACUUACGAUGACAAUAUACUUCCUUGGUUCCUAUGUACUUGUUUUCCUA